UAUUGAUUUUUAACAGUCAAGUAUUGACCCAUCAGUGCAGAUGAAAGGGGUGGAGAGCGAGAACAGAUCCUCAAGCAACUGAGAUGCAAUGUAAAGCAAGACAGCAAUCCAUGCAAAACACAACAUUUAUAAAUAAUUGCCUAGGAAAUAGAUGCCUAUUUGUAAUUAUUUUAAAAUGCAAAGAUUAAAAAAAUAGAUUCUCUUCUCACUAAUGGCAAAUGAUUGCAUCUUGUUAUUAACCUGUUUAUUGUUAUGAAUAAGCCUGUCCAUAUCCCCCAUUUGCACAAAAUACUAGUUUAAUGCGAUACUGUUUUCAAUGCUAUACUUCAACAACUAGAAACUUUGUGUAGGCGUGGUCUAAAGUUUGCAGGAAGUUGGGCUUAUUUUCAUGUCAAGUUCGGUUUUUAUAAAUGCCAACUUCUGCUUGAAAACUGUCACACUCAAGUUUUAGGGUCCAUUUUGUACAUAUGCACGGUUUAUAAAUUAAGCCCCAGGCCGGGGUUUGAAAAUGUACAGCUAAGGAGGAAUUUCUCAAUCUAAAGGCACACCCUAGAUUGGAGGCAAUGUCUUAAGUAGGUGAACAUGUUAUUACUCCAACCUCUUGAAAGUGAAAAAUUCACACAUUUUCAUUUGUCUAAAACAACUUUAAAUUGAAGGAGUGCCUUUGCAUUGACGGCUUGCACAUGAGCAGUUCGGCUCGAGAGACCGUUACACCCGAUGACGUGUUUCUACUCAUGAGUUUAGCAAGCCAAACUUGCCAUGACAUCACCUACAAUUGUGAUCGAAGAUUUCUAUUGGUGAUGCAGUUUUAGUCUGUCUUCAUAUUGUGCUGUCUUUGGGAGAAUGGACAUUGCUCCAUGUACAAGGCUACUUCACCACAAGAUGGCAGCAUUCUCUAAUAAUUUGCCAAUUUCUGUUUCAUACUUCUCAAACUAGCUUCAACUUUUUUCUGUGAUUUAAUUCAGCAAGAUAUCACCAUUUACAAAUUUGAAAGGUUAUGGUUCAGUUUUAUUCACAUUGAUGGUGGUGACUGAUAACUCAGGGGUGGCCAGCCAACAUUACUGUAUUAUAUUUAUUAACUGCGCAGUUUGUGCAAUAUUUAAGCAUAAUAUAAUUGAGCUAUUCUUACUAUACAGUGCAUGUACUAAAAUACAUUUAGUCUACAGGUCAGUUCAUCUCAAUACUUCAAAAUUCCUAAGAACUUCACAAAUCCAGUGUGUGGGUCUUCCAGUGAGUUGGUGAGGAAUGAGGAACCAUGGCACAGUUUGAAACCUUGAUAUGGACUAUACCUAUUAUAUUGGUGCUUGUAAGCAUUGGGUCCUGUAUUGCAUGUGGUAGAGCCGAGUACAGAAUAGGGGAGGAAUGUUGUCCCAUGUGUUCACCAGGAAAUCGUGUAUAUAAGCAUUGUACUGAAUUCACCAGCACCAGCUGUGUGCCCUGUGUUGAUUCUACAUUCUUUGGUCUCAUAAAAUGCAAAGUGUGUACCAACUGUGAUCCAGGUUUGAAGGUAAAGCAGCCAUGUAGACCUUCAUCAGACACUGUCUGUGGGACACUGGAGGGGUUCUACUGUCUAGACCCAACUAAGGAUGGUUGUAGAGCAGCCCAGAGACACAGCAGCUGUAAACCUGGUCAAUACAUCAGUCACACAGGAACAACAUCUACAGAUAGUGUGUGUGCUGACUGCCCUGGUAAAACUUAUUCAGAUGGAUCAUUAACAUCUUGUCAACCACAUACAGAAUGUGAAUUCUUGGAAAUUGAACCAGGAACUCCUUGGUCGGAUUCAGAAUGUGGAGUUGCUUCACUUCCCACAGCUGGAAUCAUAGCUGGUGUUCUCAUAUGUUUUUUCCUGAUAGGCACCAUAGCUGGUGUUUGUUUAUUUAUGAGAAAAAGGGUGAGAACAAGACAAAACUUAGGUUCUCAAAUACCUACACAGGAAUCCCCAGAUCGGGAAAUACCAAUGCUGUCUGGGGGAACUUGAAACGGUAAGGCACACCUUCAAGGUUUUCUAAAUAUGUGUACAGUAUAGUUUUUAUGAGUUAAAAGAAUUGUAUAUGGUAUAUAACUUUAUCAAGUCAUCAAUGAUAUGAUACAAGAGUAUAGGACAAGCUAUUGUACUACAAAACAUUGUCCAGAAUUUAAAUUAAUUACUGAUAAAUUACAAAUGACUUCUCUCCCCAGAUUCAAGCCCCCAUCACAGUCAGGAACUCCACAUUCUGUAAUCUGUGGUCUACUGGCUGGCUGGUCCAACCAUCUAUAGUGUAUCUUAACACUACAUGUUAAAUGUGAUAUUGUAGAAUCUGGUUGAUAUAAAAACAGGAUUCUACACCACAUUCUAUUGUAGUGUAAAGAAAUGAAAACACUUUGAAACCCAACCUCCAGUAAGAACAAUAUGACUUCUAAAUACCUGUUGACAGAGGACCACUGUAUCUUUGUAUCACAUGGGGAUGUUUGAAACGUACUCCUCAGCCUGAACUGUCCCCACUUGGAUCACCGAAUAGAUAGCUUUUCAUAUGGGCGCCACUGGUAAGAUGCUUCGGAAGGGUGGUCACAUAUCAGCUUCUGCCUACAGACAACAGACUGGUCUAAAAUGAAAAGGACCAUGUGAUGAGUAUAAAUGAGCUUCACCUUGCUAGGAAACAGCUUCGGGAGGUGAGAACCCUCUGCUCAGCCCAGGGGAAAGUCAAAUGUUUUGAUAACUUCAGGACCACAACAUCUAUGUCAGCCCAGACUAUGGAACUCCUAUUGGGACUUGAUAAUAUCUUGAGACACAGAUUACUGGAUACUGGUGCAGGAUGCAGUGUUCGCUUGGGGAAGGUGCCCCAGAAAUUAAAAACAUCUACAAACAUGGUUAAAUGGAUAAUUUUACACUACAAGAACAUCAAGAUCACGCUCAUAGAAGCAGACAAGGACAUCAACAAACCGAUACAACUUCACUAUAGACUGUAUGGAUCACAGAAGUGUGAAAAGACAAUAUUUCAGGAACUAUCCUGAACGGCUUCCACUCCUAUCUCACAUUAAAGGUCAGAAUAAGUAUUGUAGAAGAGUGCAGGUCCACUCAGUCACCUGUGGUGUCCCCCUCCCCCACCAUGUUUAUCCUCUCCAUACGUACACUCGACCAUGUAGUCAGAUGACUCGGGGUCCUCUUCCACAGUUUUGCGGAUGACAUGCAUGUAUACAUCAGAAAAUGUUCCCAAAUCCCUCAAAGUACAGGCUUGGUUAAUUAAAGCUCAACAUUCAAAAACAUGUAACAAGCUGUCCUCCAGGGGGCAGUCUGGGGUUGUUUGGCUCCAGGAGAAGAGAAUACAGCCUGGAUUAGCUUCAAUCUCAGCCUCUUAUGCUGGAAGACAUGACUUAAACUCUUUAAAUCCUUCAUUAAGUAUGCCUUACUAUUAAUGCCUUACAUGAUUGCUAUAGAAAUGUUUGUGGUCAUAUGCACAUCCUUUAAAACUUACAGUACCAGU